AUGGACGAGGAGGAGCGCUUCUCGGCAAGCUCGCCGGAAUCGGAACGAGAAAAUGAGCCCGAUGAGGUGAUGGAGGACGAGCCUGCAGAGCCCGACCACGAAGACAACAACGAGGACAACAACGAUGAAGAUGACGACGACGGCGACCAAGACGAUGGUAAUAACACCGGUACACAGAAUCAUGACAGCCAAGGGCCCACGCGACAAAAGUCGAGUAGUCCCCGUCGCCAUUUUCCUGCGUUUUUGAGGCCCACGGUCCGCCCCGAGUACGUUUCGGCGCGGCUCUACGACAUUGUCCCGACCAUGGCCGCGCCCCAGUCUACAAGUGUCAAUGCCAUGGCGAUUACACCGGACCUACGCUACUGGUUUACUGGCGGCUCGGAUGGCUAUAUUCGAAAAUUCGACGGCCCGGGCACCAUCAAUGGCAAGCUGGCGCUGACAGUCGCGCAACGGCACCCCUUUGUUGACAGCGUCACGAAAGCGGGCAUACUCAUGUCAUACUGGGAAAACGAAGAGCCGCCGGCGCCUGGAGCCGCCAGCCACGAGCAGAUUUUAUCGCCCGUCUACUCGCUUGCCGUGGAAUCGACCGCCCUGUGGCUGCUGUCGGGUCUCGACUCGGGCGCCAUCAAUCUGCAGAGUGUGCGGCACGACGAGGGCAAAAAGAUUUGCAGUCUCCAGCGACACACGAAUGCCGUCAGCGUGCUGACGAUGGCGCCCGACGAGAAGACGGUGCUAAGCGGCAGCUGGGACAAGACGAUUCUCGACUGGGACCUCAAUACCGGGCAGACGAUUCGUAGCUUUACCGGGACGGUGGGCCAAAUAUCUGCGGUCGAGCUGCGCCCCGAGUGCGGCGAUCCAGUACCCGCCGACGCGGAUGAGCCGCUGCCUCACAUGACGAUGACGACAAAUAGCGGCCCCCGGCUCACAAACGGCUUUGCGAGCACGAAUGGCGUCGAUGCGCACCCAGAGCCGCAGCCGCUGCCAGACGAGACGGGUCAAGAGGCAGCCGCGUCGCCAGCGCAUGAGAGUCUGUUUGGUGGUGGUAGUGAUGCCGGCAGCUUAUUCGGCGAGACAGGUGGCGACCAGCAGUUUGGGCAGGACGACGACGAGUAUGGCGGGGGCAUGGGCAUGAUGACGGAGCAAGAAGGCGGCAUGGAUCACUCGGCGGACAUGGCCAUGGCCAGCAUGGACAUGGAGAGGGAUAAGCCGGCGGAGGAUUUGGCCGUCGUGGAAGAAGAGCCUGCGCCCCACGCCAUGGAUGUCGAUCCGCCGCCCGUCAAGCAGGAAGACGCGGAAGCACCGCAGCUCUCACCCUCGCAGGACCACACGCAAGACAGCGCAACGGCCAAGACGGAAGACGCCACCGACGGGAGCGCGACGCAGGCCACGCAAAGCGACACGCUCGCGGGCACCGAAGGCGAGCCCAAGUCGCCGACGGUCCUCUCGGACACGGCGGCGGGCAAGCAGCGCGACCAGUCGCAGACGUCGACGACGACGUUUCUGGCGUCGGCCAUGGACGGGACGAUCCGCAUCUGGGACCGGCGCGUGCCGAACCCGGUGGCGCGCAUCAACCCCCGUGCGGGCGUGCCGCCCUGGUGCAUGAGCGCGUGCUGGAGCCCCGACGGCAACAGGAUCUACGCCGGCCGCCGCAACGGCACUGUCGAGGAGUACGACGUGCACAAGGCCAGGAGGGGCUGGGCGCCGGAGCGCGUGCUCAAGUUUCCGGGUGGGAGCGGCGCGGUGAGCGCGGUGAAGCCCAUGGUGAAUGGACGGCAUCUUAUUUGCGCGUCGCAUGAUAUUAUGCGUCUGUACGACUUGCAUGACCGUGGGACGGUCAAGCACUCGACGGUGCCGUUCCUCAUCAUUCCCGGUCCGCCCCGCGCUGGUGUCAUUUCGAGCCUCUACAUUGACCCGACGAGCCGUUUCAUGCUGAGCGCGGCGGGCACAAGAGGCUGGAACGGCACGAGUACGGAGGUGCUGGUGGGAUAUGAAAUUACCGUGACGGGCAGCUGA